AUGGAGAGAAUGAACGGCGUAAGCCAAACUAAUCACCAGCUCGUGAAUGACGAUAAUCUGAGCCGCAGCCAAGACUUUUCCGAUCCUGUACUAGCUCAGUUUAUCCUUCUGUGCCUCGUUAUGAGCAAGCACCAGUAUUCCAAGAUUUCCGGCAUAGCCCUUGUACUGAUCUCCCUCCUCACAGCGAGCCAAACUAAAAACUUGAACCAUUAG